UAUAACUAUGUCACGUUCAAAUAUUCCUCGAUAAUUGCCACGUAGAUUUUGACAAUUAUUAUUUCAGCCUUAUAGCAAAAGAGAGUAGGAGAAGGUGGGGAAAUGCCUUUUGGAGGAUAUUAGCAACUGUCAUAGCCAGCAGAGAAGAAGGUUGACUUUGCAAAUUCAAAUUUCGAUCAGCAAGAAGCACAGGAGGCUGAUGAAGAAGAGGUAAUUGUUUGAGUAUUUACGAUCAAAGAAAUUAUAACCUGCACCCAAUCAUGACAGUGGAAUGACAUACAACAACUUUAUGAAUGAUGAUCUGAUUUAUAAUUGUUUCUCUUUUGGGGACCGAAUCGGAGCGAGAAUCAAUAGACUGCUACAUUGCGAUCCGCCUAGACGCACUUUCGUGGAUCUAUUGAAUAAGUUAGAAUAUGAAUAAAUCAUCAACCCAUUUUCAUUGAGUGAGAAAGAUAAAGCCCAGAUUACACCUGACAGAGUAUUGUAUUUCAAUGAUAGUGUAGACAGUGGUAGUGAAGAUAAUCGGGACAUCCUAAUUGCAGAUGGAUACGAACAUUCAGCACCCAUUUAUAAGGAUGCAUGUGAUCAAUAUAAAAAAUGGAUGCUAUUUGUAUAAGCCAAAAAAUGAGGACAAUUAACCAAGAGAGUUCACGAAUGCUGUGUACAACUAUGAGAGUAACUGCAUUACUAACAUUGUGGAUGGAGAGAGGGAGAGAGUUACAUGUGAGUUAGAGUUGCUAACUGCUUUUUCUACUAAUUUUUGUGAUAUGCGUAUGGCAACGAAUAGUAGAGCAUAGUGGAACGAGGAAAUAUUGAUUAAUAUUCCAGCCGAUGAAUUCUAUAAAUCAGAUACGAUAAUUUUGUUUGAACUUCUAGACUUUCACCCUAUUUAUCUAUAAUAGCACAAUAGUGAAUUCUUGGAUUCAGACAACUUCUACAGAAUUGCAUGGGGAUACGCAAGACCAAAUGGGUUAUGCAGAUUGCAUUUGGGCAUAAGUAAAAUCCAGUUGUACAAGUAUUUGUUUGAUACGAGUAAAUUGAAAUCAGUCAGUAGAAGAGAAUCAAUUCCGUUGGUGUAUUUCGAUUUUCUUUGGCUUGAUAAGGUUGAAUAUGAUGCAGUUUUGAAUGUGUAUUUGGGUACUGAAGCCAAGCCAUAAUUCAUUGAGAUAUACGGGAAGAGUCAAAGCACCAGUGUAUUUGAGAUAGAGAGAGGAGAUGAAGAGGCAAAAGAGAAAGUGAAACACUCUGUGGUGAUGGAGAAGGUGAUUGAGUAGAGAGUGGAAGAGAUCACUGAUUAAGAGAAAAUCAAUCUAAGAAGACGUCGUUACCUUGGAGAUAAGGAGGAUCACAUUCCAGAUAAAAUAGCUUAUAAGUUUGCCAGUGCUCCUUUGGGAUGCUAUAGAUUAGCGUUUAAUAAAUUUGGAAAUUACUUGGCUUGUGCGUGUACUUACAGGAAUUCAAAAACUAUAAUAAAAUUAUUUGAUGUAGAGACUGGCUAACAUUUUGCCACAUAUAAAGGACAUAGGAACAUCAUUCAUGAGUUGCAAUUCUCACAGAAUUCAUAAUAUUUAAUUACAGUGUCAAGUGAUUACACGGCCAAAGUCUGGAGUGUACCUCAACAUUCAGGAGAUAUAGUGAAUGAAGAAGAUUCGGAUUUGCUAUAAAUCUGUUAACUCCAACAUCCCUCUUUUGUUUAUGCUGGCUUGUUUUUGAUGGAUAACAAGAUGCCAGUGGUGGCCACAUGUUGUUUUGAUAGCAGAAUGCGUAUAUGGCAAUUUGAGUCUAAUCAAUCAUUGCAGAUUAUUGAUGAACCCAUUCAAUAGGAGAUUAUUUCAUAUGAUGGCAUCUCCUUUGAUCAAUUUGAUAAUCUGGGCAAUCACAGACAUCCCAAUUGCAUAGUGUAUGAUGGUGUCAAAUGUUUGUAUGUUGGAGAUUCCUUGGGAAAUAUUCACUUUUUUGACAUCAAUCUCUCUGGAGGUAGUUAUAUAGCCAGGAGAUUAAGUUUGAUAGUCAUUCAAGAGAUUAGUGGAAACGCAAUCAAUUCAAUACAAUUGAUGCCUCCAGAAUGCCAAGAUCUUUUAAUUCACACUCGAGAUAACUGCCUUAGAAUUGUUGAUUUUAAGUCUGGAGAUGGCAAGUUUCAUGAUCAUGAAGUCAUCUACGGCACAGUCAACAAUCGUUUCUUUGGGUCUCAAUCUGUCAAGAUAGCCUGUCGAAGUGUCUCAAGUCCUAAGGGAGAUUACGUGUUAUCAGGCAGUGAAGAUGGCAAACCUCAUCUCUGGAGCAAUCUAACACAAACACUACCCACAGAUUUAUUUUAAUUUAAUGUGAUUGGUCCAGUGGCUGACGUCGCUUGGAACUAAGGAUAUCACAUGAUUGCUGUUGCUGGUUUUGGAGAUGAGCAUCCCAUACUUGUCUAUGUAUGGGAAAGAGAAGGAGAUCUUAAUUUUAUUGAAGCCAAAAAACUACAAGAUGAAAUCAAAAUUAAAAAUAGAGAACAAGAAGACAUUAUAUUUAAUAUCCAAGCAAAACAAACACUCAAUCGCUUCUAAUAGUCGAUCCAAGCCCAAGGACUCUUUUAGCCACAACUUGCUUAAUCCUCUUAGAUCCCAUUUUAACCCCAAUCCAAUUACUAUUAAUAACAACCUGGCAAUUAAUCUAAGACUGGCACCUAAGCUGGGCCCUUUGGAUCUUCAGGACCGUUUGGUUAGCCACAAUAAUCGCAAGUUCCAUUCGGCCAACCGCAAUAAUCAUAGGUUCCAUUUGGUUAACCAUAGCAAUCGUAGACUCCAUUCGGUCAACCUUAGUAAUAGGUUCCAUUUGGCUAGCCAUAGGCAGAGCCUUAAUCUGGUCCCUUUGGAUAGCCCCAAUAGUAGGGUCCUUUUGGUUAGAUGCCUUUCUAGUAGCAAUAGCAAGUACCUCCUAAUUAUCCAAACACACCUUAUAAUGCAAAUUAUCAAAUGCCAUUUUCAUGA